AUGGACAUCAACUGCACUCAUUGCGUACGUUCAGGAAGAUCGUUCACCAUAGCGUCGAUUUUAUCGUCAGACCGCAAUUCGUGUAACAAAUUUCCCACAUCCGAUUUGUUGGAUUCCACAUGUGAUUCCAGGGGUUCAUUGAGCUCAUCUACCGAAGUCAAGGAUCCACAUCUACAUGUGAAAGCCCAGUUUCUUCCAUAUUGGCAUACUGCUGAAUCGCGGGCCCCAUUUAACACCAAUUAUCCAAACAAGCAGUACCGUCAUCCUAUUGACAUGGGAUGUUCCAUUUCGAGCAGAAUAGAGAUCCGACCACAAUUGGACGAUCCGCGCUGUGUGAGGAACCGCAGUCCAAGAGUGCCUUUCUCUCGCUUUCAAGUGCAGAUGUUAGAAGCAAAGUUCCAACAGACGCAUUACCUCAGUGGAUUGGAGGUGCAGCAUUUAGCUUGGCGUUUGGAACUGUCACAGACCAGGGUCAAAAUAUGGUUUCAAAAUAGGAGAGCGCGACAGCGUCGGGACCAAGUUGCAUUCUCCACUUCUUAUCCGACGGCAACAAGUGACAGCACUGCGGUCGCACAGUCAACGUGGUCAGACCAUUAUGAGAGAGUCUUGUGCAAUCUGGCUACGUUUUCAGCAGUGACGUCCGAUCGAGACCUUCAUAACACGAUCGAUAAUCAUCACUCCGAUUACUCGAUUGCUCCCAGCUGUAACAAAGAGCCCUUCCAGCUGAGGAUAGGGGAUAAACCUGUAGAAAAUCAAGCACAUACCAUCAAACCUUCGGGUAAAGCGUCUGGCGAUCAUGCACCUUGGCUGAUGCCUUCGAUAUCACAUGUCCACCAAUAUUGCCCUCCAGACUUCCUGAAACAGGUCUUCCCAUAUGCUAAACGUGCUUCAAGAACGCUGCAUAGUCCCAUUUUUUAUAGAUAA